AUGGCUAUGAAAAAUGACUCUUCAGUGAUUGAGUUUAUCCUUAUGGGAUUAACAGAGAAAGCUGAGCUCCAGCCACCCCUGUUUUUUCUGUUGUUGGUGAACUAUGUAGUCACUGUGAUGGGGAAUUUAAGCUUAAUUAAUCUGAUUUGUCUGAAUUCUCACCUUCACACUCCCAUGUACAUUUUCCUCUUCAAUCUGUCCUUCAUUGAUCUCUGCUAUUCAUUUAUCUUUACUCCUAAAAUGCUGAUGAGCUUUAUUUCAGAGAGAAACAUUAUCUCCUUUGCAGGAUGCAUGACUCAGCUAUUUUUCUUCUGCUUCUUUGUCAACUCUGAGUGCUAUGUGUUGACAGCCAUGGCCUAUGAUCGCUAUGUGGCCAUCUGCAAGCCCCUGCUGUACACUGUCACCAUGUCCCGUAGGGUCUGUUCCCUGUUGAUGUCUGGUUCAUAUAUGAUGGGGUUUGCUGGUGCCAUG